AUGAAGGUCACAUGCAGAGAUUGCAAACUCGAGGUGGUCAACCAAGCUGCCUUGGCAACGCACUGGCGAGAACAACGGGAUCAGGGCAACCGGCACUAUCACUGUUUGGAGUGUAUGCUCUCUGAUUUCGACCGACCGGGGCUAACGUUCCACCAAGCGAAACAGGACCUUGAUUGCCCUGGCUGCGGCGAGCGGUUUGCCGCGGCGGGUGGUCUGAUCGACCAUAUUGAAAAGGACCGCUGCCACAAGAUUAAGAGCGGCGAGUACGCCGCUCGCCGCGAAGAGAAGCUUGCCUUUGCGAGAGAGCUGCAGCGACGUCAUCACGGCGAGACCGUCGAUUUGCCUGAUGACGACCUGUCAGUUGCCAGCCUGAGCCUGGCCGAAACGACGGUCAGCCGACAGGGGCCUUACAACUUCACCCCGUACCUUUCGAACGCUCGCGGCGUUCCAGUUAGCACCUCCAGCCUCUCAGCUCUUCGUCCGAAGGCAACGAACACGGUUCGGCCUAACCCGGUCACAUUUGCGAUGAAAAAGCCCGACUCUCCGCCCGACCCGCCAGCAGCGAUGCGUUCGGCACCGAAGCAACUUGAAGGAGCCCAGAGGCAGGGCCAGAACAAGCUAAAGGCCUGGCCGCAGCACGAUCCGCGGAACCCAGGAUGGAAUCCCAGGGACUACUUCGUGACGUACAUAAACAAGUACAAGUGCCCACAUGACAACUGCGGAAGGUCGUUUGCAAGCCCUCAAGGCCUGCGCGCUCAUCUUAUGUCCGAGAUCCACACCAGCGCGACCAAGGUGCAGUGCCCUCGCUGCUGCCGUUGGUUCGGCAGUGCGGCAGCCAUCACUCAGCAUGCCGAAUCGCAGGGCGUGCGGUGCGACAUUCGCGAGACCAACGGCUACAGGCAGUUCCUCGACCAGCUGACGGCGGGCAUUGUAGACACCACGGAGAAAAACGAAGAUGGAACCGAGAAGUAUACUGUGCCCGAGGAGGCCCGGGAGCUGUUUGGAACCUCGCAA